UUUAAAAAAGAUCAAGAAACUACAAAGAAUAAAAAAAUGAGCAAACUUCAAGUUUGACAACAUUUAAUUAGCAAUUUGCAAAGUUGGAAAAUGUCUGUAAUAUUCAGAUUAGUUAAUCGGCAAAUUCCUCUUCAAUUCACAAAUAAAAAUCUUGGAUUGUUGUCACUGGUCCGUCCAGUGACUCUGAAGCCCCAACCUGCCCCCAAAGAGGAAGAUUUGGGCCAUGACGCACGCAACAUGAAACUGGGGCGUCCACAAUCGCCACAUUUGACAAUUUAUGCUCCACAAAUGACUAGCAUGUUGUCAAUUUCGCACAGAGCGACAGGCAUGAUUCUUGCUUUUUAUACCAUUAUGCUGGGAACGGCGGCAGUUGUAGUCCCUGACCCAAUUUCAUGUUAUUUGGACGCUUUGGAGGAGUACCAUGUGGGGGGUGUUGUUUUAUCAGCAAGUAAAUUUAUCCUGGCAUUCCCCAUGUGUUAUCAUUACUGGAAUGGAAUCCGACACUUGGCUUGGGAUUUUGGCCUUUUCCUCACACUAAAAGAAGUAUAUGCCACUGGAUUUGCAAUGUUGGGGCUGGCUUUCAGCUCUGCGGUUGCUCUUGCUGUUAUGUAAAAUAAAUAUUAAAUUGAUUCAAAAUUUAGCGCGACACUGCUAGUGCUGCGCCCUACGUUUGACAUUUAAUUACAGUUUCCUGUUCAGGGAAAA